CGUCCAUGCGUGCAGAACACCGCGGGCAGUCUGAAUUUGACCAGAUACGCUAAUUGCGAAAAUUCUUGACCUAAUAAAUAAUUCUCUCUUAAAAAAAAACAGUACAAUCACGUAAAAUCCAAUAGUCAGUGAAAAAUAAUUGAUUGAAGAGAAUUUAGCGUGUGGAUUUUGGUCUUGAUCAUCAAAAACACUUCGAUUGGAUCUCUGAAACGGGAAUGGGAGUUAUCAGAUACAUUGAAUUACGUCCUGUUUUCUAAUCCCGUCAGCUCGAGUGCCGGUUCGUCUGCGAAAACUGCUGCAUCAGAUUCCCACCAGUGCCGAAUAGCUGCAGAGUGGGGAUGACAUGGCGAUGAGGGGAAGGUGAUAGAACUUGUCUCCUGUUUUUGGCUUGACAAUACCUGCAUUGGGUGUGGCGCCCCCUCUCUCUUGGGGUGAUGAUUACAAUGCGGGUGGAGGCACUGAAACCCCCAGAACUGAGCCUCUACUUUACUCAAUCCUCUUUGGACUGUAUCAGAUGACUAGUUUUCAUUUUUAUUAUUAGUACUUGACAGUAGAAAACCAAUUAUUUACUUUCUACCCCCAAAAUAUUUUUCUACACAAUGGGAAUUUUUUUCGCGAAGAAAAAGCCACCUAGUCGAAUUACUGAACAGGAUAGAGCAGUCCUGCAACUUAAGCAAACGAGGGACAAAAUAAAACAAUAUCAGAAGAGGAUAGAGCUGAGUAUCGAAAAAGAUCGAGAACUCGCGAGAAAACUUAUAAAAAAUGACCGAAAGGAACGAGCGUUACUGCUCCUCCGGAAGAAGAAAUUCCAGGAGCAAGUGCUGACGAAAACUGAUGGUCAAUUAGAGAACAUUGAGACAAUGGUCCACGAUUUGGAAUUUGCCCAGAUCGAGGCAAAAGUAAUCGACGGUUUGAAAAUAGGUAAUACAGCCCUGAAGAAGCUCCACGAGAUUUUGUCGAUCGAUGAAAUCGAAAGGGUGAUGGAUGAUACAAAAGAGGGAAUCGAGAAGCAGAAGGAAUUGGAUGAUUUGUUACUGGGAACAUUGACUGAAGAGGAUGAGGGCGAGGCCGAGGCUGAGCUCGACGCCCUUUUGGCUGAAGAAACUGAGAGAAUGCCUGAAGUACCGGAUGACAUUCUACUGCCUGAUGUACCUGAUGAUAACAUUAAGGAAGAGAAGAAAGCAGUCAAGAAGGAAAAAAAAGAGGAACCCAUCGCAGUCGAGGCUUAACCCAAAUUUUAAUUAACAAUUAUUAUGUAAAUAUUUGUACAGACUGGCAUUUAACAAUGAUGACAACGUGGAAUACAUGAGAUGACAAUAUUAA